GCAGAAACGUACCUGGAAAGGUUAUAUAACAGCAAGCAUAUGAGCAUUUAAUUUCUAGAUUGAGAAGGAGUUUUAGAGUAUAUAUAUAAAUGAGUUUCUUACCACUUAACACUUUGUUGAGAUUAAAUUAUGCACAGCCGCCGCCGCCGCCGCCGCCCACCAUUUCUUCACAUGCAUCCUUUUCCAAAGGCGCCGACGCUCUUCACCGCCGUCGUUGUACACCAUUUCAUUUCCGUUGCCAAUCAAUGAACUCCGGGAAGCAGGACGUUCCAUUUAUUAGCAAAAUUGGGAAGGAUGAACCUGAGGUCAAGUAUGAAGAGAAAAUGGAGGAAGUACGAAAUUUCCUCUAUCAAAUCCAAGAAGAUGAUUUACAAGUGCUACACGUGAUAAAUGCCAUACAACACCUGGGCAUUGACCACCAUUUUCAAGACCAAAUUGGAUCGAUUUUGCAGCGUCAAUAUAACAAAUUUGGAAUUCUUUUUCGCGACAAUAAAGAACUUUUUGAGACAUCGAUUCUUUUCAGAUUACUUAGGCAAGAUGGAUAUCAUAUCCCUUCAGAUGUCUUCACCAAGUUCAUCAAUGACAAAGGAAAGUUUAAGGAGGAGCUAAGCAAAGAUAUAAAGGGGUUGAUGGCGUUGCAUGAAGCAUCCCAUCUAUCCAUACAAGGAGAAGAUAUUCUUGAUGAAGCUGAAAAGUUUAGUAGAAAUUCUCUAAUAACAAACAUGGCAUGUCUUGAUGAUCGCAAAGCCAUCAUAGUUCAGAGCACAUUGCAGAAUCCCUAUCAUAAGAGCUUUUCCAGGUUGAAAGCCAAAACCUUCAUUGAGAAUAUGAGAUUUGAAAAUGAAUGGGAAGCUAGUUUGGUAAAUUUGGCAACUAUGGAUUAUGGCAUUACCCAAUCAUUACAACAAGAAGAAAUUUUCCAAGUCCUCCAAUGGUGGAAAGGGCUUGGACUCAUGAAUGAGUUGGCCAAAAAACAACAACUAAAAUGGUACAUUUGGACAUUCGCACUCCCUGAUCCUUCCAGGUCAAAAGAAAGGGUAGAGAUUACCAAGCUAAUAUCCCUUGUAUACCUUAUUGAUAACAUUAUUGAUGUUUAUGCAACAUUUGACCAAACCAUUCAAUUUUUAGAUGCCAUUUGCAGAUGGGAAAUAUCAGUGGCUGAGGGAUUACCAAAUUACAUGAAGAGGUGUUUAGUUGUACUGUUUGAUACAACUAAUGAUAUCAGCAACUUUAUUUUCAACAAGUAUGGUUGGAAUUCAAUAGACCACCUUAAAAAAGCGUGGAAAAGUUUGUGCGGUGCAUAUAUAACUGAAGCAAAGUGGUUUGCUACCGGGAAUUGCCCGACAGCUGAUGAGUACUUGAAGAUUGGGAUUAUAACUACAGGAGUUCCCAUGGCUCUGAUUGCCAGCUUCUUGGUGUUAGGCCACGAUGCAUCCAAUGGAACCACAGAUAUUGAAGAAAUGAUAACUUCAGUAGGAGCAAUUCUUCGCCUCUUAGAUGACCUUGACGCUACUCAGGGUGAGAAGCAAGAUGGAAAUGAUGCGUCAUAUGUAGAGUACUACGUAAAAGAAAACCAUGGUGUUUCAUUAAGUGAUGGAAAACAACGCGUUAUAAAUAUGGUUUCAGAACAGUGGAAGCUCCUAAACAAGCAGUGCCUGUCUCCAACUCCAAUUCCAACAUCUUUUAGGAAAGCUUGCUUAAAUGUUGCAAGAAUGGUGCCGAUGAUGUACAACUAUAGCUAGUGACACUCACUGUCUACCCAUCCUCCAAAAGCAAAUCAUGUCCAUGUUU